AUGUCGUCCGGUUACUCUGCAAACCAGUAUGACAGUGCAUUCAAGUCGCAGAGGCUGCAGAACUGGUGUGUGUCUAAACCCUUCAAAGAGAGACCCACUGCACAUGAGGGUCACACAGCCUUCAUUGCCAAUGAUAGAGGUCAUUUGCUCCCUGGAGUGGUCAAGAAGGGCAGUGCUUGGCCAGACUUUAAAGGGACCUGGGAUCUACCAGCUCGUAUCCCAGCCCACCGCAUCUGCCCCACAGCCCGCUCAGUGGAGGGUCUCAACAGACUCAAAUCCUGGGGUUUUGACACUGGCAGUUCUGAGCCACAGAGGGGCAGCAAAAACACAGACAAGGACCAGGAUGCUGGCCAUCAGCAGGAUGGUGCUGGUCAGUCCUCUUUGACCCCGCCUGCAAUUGAAGUUCUGCCAGAAACUCAGGACCGUCCCCCCACUGGAGGCCAGAGAAACUCAACCCAGGACUCCAAAGCAGUAGUACAUGGAUCUGUCUCUGAGACUGCUGAAGGCAUAAAACCUGCUGAGGCUACUGGUGAAGACAGACCACUGAGCCAGCUCUCCACAGCUAAAGAGAAGCCAGUUUCAAGGCCUGCUACAAGAGAAGGAACCAGCAGUAGAUCUGGUACUGGCAAGAGGAGACCAAUGAGUAAUAUGUCACAGAAAGAAGUGAACCCAUGAGCUCAAAUAUUAUCUGAACAGAGACAAAAACAAGAAGACCAACACGAGUAAUCCAGUCAAAUUUGAAUUUUCCAUGCAACUAGUAAUUAAGUAAAUGUACUAGGUGGGGCCACAGCAACAUGUCUUUCAGUCAACAAUUGUUAUAAAUGUCCGUCUCUCACAAUAGUCGGGCCUAUUGUCUUGGAAAAAUACAGCACAACUGCAACACAGGAAGCCCUGUUACCAGCACAAAUGACUCAAUGUAUUUAGUAAAAAUCACAUGAAUUUCAGUCACUCCUUAACAGACACAAGAACACUUAGCAUUGUGUGAACACAGCAAUUUUAUUCAUACAAAUAUAUUCAACACAAGGAAUUGUGUGCAUACUGCUGAUAUUCUGGAGAAUCGCUUCAUUAUGAAGGAUUUUUUUAAAGGACAGAGCUUAAUCAAACAUUCAAUAGGUUUGCACAGUUUCAUUGAACAGACAUUAAUGAAACUAUUUCUAAGGCACAGAAAUCACAUGCUUUAAUCUCAAAGCAAGGUUCAGCAGAUCAAACCAGAUACUCAGACUCAGAACAUUUAUCUGAAAAGUAAUUUCACAUGUAGGCUUAGUGUGUAGUAGGAAAACGCUCAUAGCCGACCAAAUAUUAGUCAAGGAGUAGAUCUGUAGUCAACAAAGUCCUGUUUGGUUGGUUGGUUGCAGGCAAACAAAACUCCACAGGAAACAACACUCAUUCAGUCAUCCACGGACAUGAUCGUUUACAUGACCUAUUAUCUAAUUCCCCAAGAAAGUGAAGUGCAAAAACCUCAAAUAUGGCUUAUUAUUCAAAAUGCGUUACCUAAUGUUAAUGACUUAACAUGGCUGCCAGCUCCAAUUCAAUAACACAGAUACAUAUGGACCAUUAGGCUCAUGGAAACUGAGGAAAUUAAAUUAUCUUAGUUACUGUUUAACCUAAUGUCCAUUUCUCUCUGUAAACACAUUCAUGGUGAUGUAAAUGACAGAACUGAGAUUGAAAUAAAUUAACAAAAUGUUCAGACAUUCAGAGACAUUACUAUUUCUGCUGCUUCCUCUAUAAAAGUAACAUUUCAAACAUUUUUAUUAAUGUUUCUUUUAUUUCUCUGUGAUGUAACACAGAGUUAACAUUGUUUCACAGGCUUGGAACUCAAAUAUAUUUCUUAUCCUCAUAAAAAGAUAUAUUUGAACUUCAUUCAUUCAUUCAUCUCCUGAACCCGCUUUAUCCGCACUAGGGUCACAGGGUGUGCUGGAGCCCAUUCCGGCUACCUAUGGGCAAAGGCGGGGUACACCCUGGACGAGUCGCCAGU